AUGUCUAAAAGUACGCUGAAGGCUUUGCUAAAACGUGAACGGCAGUUAUAUGUUAUUUUUGAUGGUACGGAUAGAUUCAUCCAAACCUAUCAGAUUGAUAGUGAUCGGUGUCAAUUAAGUUCGAGAUUGCAUGUGAUUGAUACUGUGUACAGUGAGUUUUUUGAAAUACGGAGCAAAAUUGAACUUUUGCUGGAUGAAGCGGAUGAGAAAGAGCAGAAAGAUGCUGACAGUGAAGUCAAAGGAGAGAUCGCCAAGCAACGUGAAGAGGAAAACGACAAGGUUCUACAGCAAUUCGAUGACCGAUACUUCGCGAUCCGAGGUGACCUCCUUAGACUCCAAGGUGAUAAGGAUGCCUUAGGUGUGAACGCAACCAGCAUCAGUCAGAGUCAGUCUGCGUCAGGGAAUACUUCAAGAGUAAAGCUGCCAGAGAUACGUUUGCCGUCCUUCAGUGGAAAAAUAAGAGAGUGGAUUACAUUCCGGGAUUCCUUCCGAAGCCUUAUCCAUGACAACGAGCAUCUGACGUCUAUGGAUAAGUUCACGUACCUUCGUUCCUCUCUACAGGGUGAUGCACUGAAGGAAAUCAACAACAUCGAGCUUUCAGAGGCAAACUACGACGUCGCCUGGAAAACUUUGCAAGUUCGUUAUGAAAAUAAGAAGCUGAUUGUGAAGGCUCAUCUCGACGCUCUUUUCGCCCUCGAACCGCUUAAAAAGGAGAAUUAUGACGGUCUGAACUUCCUCAUCAGCGAGUUUGAGAAAAACUUGAUGAUGUUACAGAAAAUCGGAGAGCCAACGGAGUCUUGGAGCACAAUAUUAGUCUACAUGUUGUGUUCUAGACUAGAUUCUGCAACAUUGCGCCAAUGGGAGACGCAUUACGGGUCUAAGGAGGUCCCAACGUACGAAGAGCUGCUUCUGUUCUUGCAAGGUCACUGCUCUGUUCUCCAAUCAAUCACCUCUGCAAGAAAUCCACCAUCCGAAGCCCGUCAGACGAGAUCAACAGUUUGUAAUACAACCAUCAGAUCAGUUUCACGUUGUCCGUUCUGUGCAGAUCCAUGGCACUCACCGUUCCAGUGUGGCAAAUUUCAUCGGAUGAAGGUUCCCGAGCGAAUGGAUGCUGCUAUUCGCAACAAGUUGUGUCGGAAUUGUUUGAUGCCAGGCCACUUCUACCGAAAUUGUGAACGAGGUUCUUGCCAUCAUUGUCAGCAGAAGCACCACAGUAUGUUACAUUCUAGAUCCUCCGUUCCACAGCCGCAGUUUUCGGCACAAUACCGACAGCAGAGUCAAACGCGUUCGGCGCAACAAAUACCGUUUCAACCGCAACCGCAGCCAAUGAAUCAACAGCAACAACACAACUCAAGACCAAUACAGCAUGCGCACACCACAACACAGCAUGCACAAACCCACUCACACAACACAAACACAAAUCCAGACAACGCACAAGCCACCACAAGUCAGAAUUACGUAGCACUUCCGUUUACACCGUCUCGUAAUAUUUUACUGUCCACGGCGAUGAUCCGAGUCAAGGAUCGUUUUGGAAAUACACUUCUGGCACGUGCGCUGCUAGAUUCGUGUUCUCAGCAUUGUUUAAUGACACGUGAAUUCUCUCGUCGGCUGAAGUUCCAUGAAACCCCUACGUUUUUGUCGGUGCAAGGCAUUGGCUCCUCUCAAAUGGUUUCAACGAAGUUAGUUUCCGCAGAAGUUGGUUCUAGAUCCCCCAGAAUUUCUCAGUUUAAAGAAUGGAUGCAAUUUUUUGUACUGCCAAGGUUAACAGUUGAUCUGCCUACUGCUGCUUUUGAUCCUUCGAUCCUUACGCUGCCGAGUUCGGCCUGUUUAGCAGAUCCUGGGUUUUAUGAGUCUGGUCCAAUUGAUGUUAUUAUUGGAGCCGAAUUUUAUAUGGAUUUAUUGUCGGAUGGAAGAAUGAAGCCGUUAGAGAACGGCCCCACAUUACAGAAUACAGUUUUUGGUUGGAUUGUGUCUGGUAGAUUGCCCAAUAAUCAAAAUUCAGUUUCUCAGUCAGAAGUUUAUGUCUGUUCAGUCGGUGAUAUUCAAGAUCAGCUCACACGUUUUUGGGAGCUCGAAACAUGUCAUGUUCGCAGCGUUCAGUCGAUUGAAGAGUCAGCUUGUGAAGAGAUUUUUAAGAAUACUACUGUCAGAGAUGAGUCAGGAAGGUUUGUUGUAACUUUGCCUAAAAAAGAAGGUUUUUUGAAUCGGAUUGGAGAUUCCAGAGUUAUCGCCACGAAACGGUUUUUGAGUUUGGAGAAACGAUUAUCAAUGGAUUCUGAAAUGAAAAGGUCGUAUUCUGAAUUUAUUCAUGAGUAUCAGAGUCUUGGUCAUAUGUCAGAAGUUAUCGACAGCUCAAGUCAGUUGAAUGAAGUUUGCUACUAUUUGCCGCAUCACGCAGUUCUUAAGCCCGAAAGUACCACGACAAAGUUACGGGUGGUUUUCGACGCUUCCUGUAAGUCGUCGACAGGAGUCUCGUUGAAUGAUGCGCUUAUGGUUGGCCCGGUUGUACAAGAUGAGCUGAUCGAUAUUGUUUUGCGAUUCAGAUUGUGUCAGUUUGCGAUUGUGGCAGAUAUUGCCAAAAUGUACCGUAUGAUCCAAGUUCAGAAAUCAGACCAAAAAUUGCAGAAAGUUCUUUGGCGAGACUCCACCGAUCAACCCCUUCGCACUUACGAGUUGUUAACAGUAACUUACGGAACAGCGUCAGCGCCUUACUUGGCAACAAAGUGUUUGCAAGUCCUAGCCGAUCAGGGUUCUAAAACUCAUCCCUUAGCGUCGAAGAUUUUGAGUCGUUGUUUCUACGUCGAUGAUAUGCUUGCUGGAGUUGACAGUAUCGAAGAAGGUGUACAGUUAGUCAAAGAAAUGUCAGAAUUGAUGGACUCAGCAGGUAUGUCUUUGCGAAAAUACGUUUCGAACAGCUCAGAAAUACUCCUAGAACUCCCUGAAAAUCUUCGAGAUGAACGUUCGGUUUUGGAGCUUGAUUCAUCAAGCUCGACGGUGAAAACUUUGGGAUUGUUAUGGGAACCAGAGUCAGAUGUUUUUCGGUCUAGUACCCCAAGUUGGAAGAGUUCAGCACCCAUUACGAAAAGGUCAAUUUUGUCAGAUGUUUCCAAGUUAUUUGAUCCAUUGGGAUUAGUAGGUCCUGUGAUUAUUCAGGCAAACAUUUUCGUUCAAGAGCUUUGGAAACUACAAUGCGGAUGGGUUGAUGAGCUUACCGAAGAUUUGAAAAGCGCUUGGGAUGAAUACAGAAGAAAUUUGAUUGGGUUAGAUAAUGUGUCAGUACCACGAUGGGUUGGUGUCAGUAAAAAUGUCAGUUCAUUACAAAUACAUGGAUUUUGUGAUGCGUCAGAGAAGGCCUAUGGGGCCUGUAUUUAUGUCAGAACUGUGUCAGAAUCGGGAGAAACUGUUGUUCAAUUGAUGACCUCAAAAUCACGAGUCGCUCCUUUAGAGAAUCUCCAGAAAAAGAAGAAACGUCAGUCAAUUCCAAGGCUGGAGUUGUCGUCUGCAUUACUGCUUGCUCACCUGUUUGAGAAGAUCGUGAAAGGCACGGAGCUGUCUUCUUUCAAAUCGUUUUUCUGGACAGACUCGAUGAUAGUCAAAUGUUGGCUUGCAUCUUCACCGUCAAGAUGGACUAAUUUUGUGGCAAAUCGGGUGUCCGAAAUCCAGCAUAUUACACGGUCGGGCGUGUGGAGUCAUGUCGCAGGCACAGAAAACCCAGCGGAUAUCAUAUCGCGAGGAAUGACCCCCGCUCAGUUACAGUAUCAGUCUCUUUGGUUUCAUGGUCCCAGUUGGUUACAAUUGGAGGAAUCGCAUUGGCCUCAACCUCAACAAGUUUGUCCAGAAAUACCCAGUUCCAUGCUCGAAGAGAGAGGAGCUGUCACUGUCGUCACUGAUUCUUUGACAACCAAUGAGAUAUUUGAAUUGAGAGCCUCACUUGUAGAUUCAAUUCGGUUGACCGCGUACUUUUUGCGAUUUCGUUUCAAUGCGCAAAAGUGUAACAACAGUAACAGAAAAGUCGGAUAUUUGGCAGCCUCAGAGUUAGAAGAAGCCCUUCAGUGCUUAGUCAGAUUGUCCCAAAAAGAAAGUUUUCCGAAAGAAUAUGCAGAUUUGUUGAAUAACCGUCAGAUUUCAAUCAGUUCAAAGUUGCUGUCUCUCAAUCCACGCAUGAUGAAUGGAAUAAUUUGUGUCGGUGGUCGAUUAGAGAAUGCAGCAAUCUCUGAAACGAGAAAACAUCCGUUUAUAUUGGAUUAUAAACAUCCGCUUACCAGAUCAGUCAUGUCGUAUUACCAUCAGAAGUUGUUUCACGCUGGACAGCAGCUGUUGAUCGCAACAGUUCGUCAGAAGUUUUGGCCAAUUCAUGCAGGCAGUUUGGCUCGGUCAGUAAUCCAUAAUUGCAUACGUUGUUUUCGUGCUAGACCCAAAAUUCAAGAGCAGCUUAUGGCUGAUUUACCCCCGGAAAGAGUGACACAAAACCCAGUAUUUCAACGUGUGGGAGUAGAUUACUGCGGCCCAUUCCUUGUCACUUACCCCCAACGGCGAUGUCGCCCGGUGAAGGUAUUUGUAGCCAUUUAUGUGUGUCUGGUUACGAAAGCUGUGCAUCUUGAAGUCGCGUCAGAUUUGUCAACAGAUGGGUUUCUUGCCACUUUCAAACGGUUUUGUGGCCGAAGAAGCACGCCAAGUUUGAUUAUGUGCGAUAACGGCAGAAAUUUUGUUGGAGCCAAACGGAAACUCGACGAACUUUCCAAGUUAUUCAGCGAGAAUAGUUUCCAAGAAUCGGUUGUAAAGCACUCAGCAAACCAGGGGAAAGAAUUUAAGUUUAUCCCAGCUCGAUCACCCAAUUUUGGUGGACUUUGGGAGUCAGCAGUGAAGUCGUUCAAAUCACUCUUGAAGCGCACUAUUGGUACACGCACGUUGGGUCUAGAAGAACUGCAGACUGUCGUUGUACAAAUUGAGGCAAUUCUAAAUUCACGUCCGCUCACUCCGUGUAGUAACGAUCCAAACGAUUUUGAAGUGCUUACUCCUGGUCAUUUCUUGGUUCAAAAAUCGCUCACUGCACCCCCAGAACAGAACUGGGAAGAUAUACCAGAAAAUCGUUUAAACGUAUUUCACAGAAUGGAGAAAACUGCUCAACAAAUUUGGAAAAGAUGGUCAAUUCAAUACUUGUCUGAUCUGCAUAACAGAACGAAAUGGUCAAAACAGCGAGAUAACAUCAAGGUCGGAACAAUGGUAGUUCUUAAAGAGGACAAUUUACCACCGUUACAGUGGGCAAUCGGAAGAGUGUCAGAAAUUCACCCUGGGUCAGAUGGUAAUGUCAGAGUUGUAACUGUUCGAACGCAAUCUGGAAGUUACCAAAGAGGCAUUUCGAAGAUAUGCAUCUUACCAAUUCGUGACAAUGAUGUCACACCGGAGAAAGAACAACAGAGUUAG